UUACGCUAAACUCGACCAUUAAAAGAACGCUGCCACAAAAAUAGUCGCUUUCACAUCAUGGACUUAAGGAUAUACUUAGUGACAAUUGCUUUAGUGUCAACACUUGUAAAUUCACAGCAAAAUGACGACCGACAGUUUGUAGUUAUGUCAUCCACGGAAACUCCCUUGUCUUCGAACCUCCACGACGACCAAAUCUUCUUCGACGACCAGUUCGAACUCCCCAGAUCCUUCUCCGAAGCGGAACAUCGACUGAACAAAUUCGAACUAAAACUGUCACAGGUGCAGAGAGCCUUAGAAAAAAUGUUGGAGGUUCACGGGGCGAAAGUAGACCAAGAUGACACGACAGCUCCAACGAGCGAUAUAUCGAAAAUCGAAGAAGUGGUUAAAGACAAACUGAAACUCCACAAAUCGUGCGAGAAUAUCUCCACACAAAUUGAAACCAAGCUAGAAGAAAUCAAAGAACAUUUGCUGAAGAAGGUUGUCAAAGCUAAAUUUUCUACAACAGAGUUGGAAAAAGUCAAACGAGACGUCAUCACCGACGUGUCUUCACAAUUAAACUCUGCAAAAAAACACAUCUUCAAGCUUAAAAAAAAGCUGGAUUUUACUAACGAGAAGUUGGACGAGGUCACCAAGGUGGUUGACGAUUUGGAAAAAAAUGAAACCACGAAAGUUGGAGAGGUUGUCAAGAAUUGUGGCGAGGUUUUAAGGGGAGGUAAUGCCACCAGUGGGGUUUAUACCAUUAAACCCACUGGUGCGUCUAAACCUUUUGAGGUUGUGUGCGACAUGGAAACCAAAGGUGGUGGGUGGACUUACGUCCUGAGACGGUUUAACGGUUCUCAGGAUUUUUAUUUGAACUGGACGGACUACAAAAACGGGUUUGGUCAUCUAGACGAAGAGUUUUGGUUGGGUUUGGAGCAUCUGUACGAGUUGACAGGGGGCAAAAGCAACGAGUUGUUGUUUGUUUUUACCAAUUUGGAAGGGAAGAUUUUGUAUUCGCAUUACAAAGAAUUCCAGAUUGGUGGUGAGGAGGAGAGUUAUGCCAUCAAAGUCGUCAAGGAUUAUAGUGGAGAUGGAGGACAGUCCUUUUUGACUCAUUUGAACUGGAAAUUUAGCACUUUGGAUAAACAGGAUGCUUAUGGAGGCUGUGUCAAGACUUAUCGGGCGCCUUGGUGGUACGGUCCUGCUUGUUUUCACGUGCAACUCACCUAUUCGGAGUUCCAUGGCUUCAGUCAGAGUUUGAAGGACGUGAAGAUGAUGGUUAGGGGGGGCGCCUUGGUGGUACGGUCCUGCUUGUUUUCACGUGCAACUCACCUAUUCGGAGUUCCAUGGCUUCAGCCAGAGCUUGAAGGACGUGAAGAUGAUGGUUAGGGGGUAAUAUUUUUGUAAUUUCAGGUUUUAUAAA